AUUGUUGUUGUUUUUCCUCAGACAACAACGCAUACAGCUUUGGACGUACAACAAUCGCCAACUUGGAUUCCAAGAAUAACCUCUUGUGGCUGCACACGUCAUUCGCCUUCAUGUACCUGCUCCUCACCGUCUACAGCAUGAGGCGCCACACGUCCAAGAUGCACUACAAAGAAGACGAUCUGGUGAAACGCACUUUAUUUAUCAACGGCAUUUCUAAAUAUGCAGAAGAAAGCCAUAUAAAACAGCACUUUGAACAGGCGUACGAGAACUGCGUCGUACUGGAAGCACGUGUUUGCUACAACGUGGCGAAACUAAUGUCUCUCAACGCAGAGAGGAAGAAGACUGAACGCAGUAAGAAGUUUUUCACGGAUCUGAUGGCUAAGGAACACAUGCCCACCAUGAUCAACCCGAAGCCCUGCGGUCACCUGUGCUGCUGUGCCAUUACAGGCUGUGAAGAGGAGGAGGCUGUGAGUUAUUACACCAAACUGGAGGCCAAACUGAAAGAGGAAUACAGGAAGGAGAAAGAGAAGGUCAACACCAAACCGCUGGGCAUGGCGUUCGUCACCUUCCAGAACGAGGCCAUGACAGCAAUAAUCCUGAAGGACUUUAAUGCGUGUCAGUGUCAGGGCUGUAAGUGCCGUCAGGAGCUGCGUUCCUCUCAAUUCAGUGAAAAUCUUCAUGUCUAUAACUGGAGCGUCAGCUAUGCACCGGAUCCCCAAAACGUGCGCUGGGAGCAUCUGUCUUUGGGAGGAGUUUCCUGGUGGCUUCGCUGCUUCAUCAUCAACUGCAUCCUCUUCAUCCUCCUCUUCUUCCUCACCACCCCAGCCAUCAUCAUCUCCACGAUGGACAAGUUCAACGUCACCAAGCCUGUGGAGUAUCUGAACAACCCGAUCGUCACCCAGUUUUUCCCCACGCUGCUCCUGUGGGCCUUCUCCGCCCUGCUGCCCACCAUCGUCUACUAUUCUGCCUUCUUUGAAGCCCACUGGACCAGGUCGGGGGAGAACAGGACCACCAUGCACAAGUGUUACACGUUCCUCAUCUUCAUGGUUCUCCUGCUGCCGUCUCUGGGCCUCAGCAGUUUGGACGUUUUCUUCCGCUGGCUGUUCGACAAAAAAUUCCUGGCUGAUGCCACUGUCAGAUUUGAGUGUGUCUUCCUUCCUGAUAACGGAGCGUUUUUCGUGAACUACGUCAUCGCAUCAGCGUUCAUCGGAAACGCCAUGGACCUGCUGCGGAUUCCAGGUCUUCUCAUGUACAUGAUCCGGCUGUGUUUGGCUCGCUCGGCCGCAGAGAGACGCAACGUCAAACGGCAUCAAGCCUAUGAGUUUCAGUUUGGGGCUGCCUACGCCUGGAUGAUGUGCGUUUUCACCGUCGUUAUGACGUACAGCAUCACCUGCCCAAUCAUCGUUCCCUUCGGACUGAUGUACAUGCUCCUGAAGCACCUGGUGGACAGGUACAACAUGUACUACGCUUACCUGCCCUCUAAACUCGACAAGAAGAUCCACUCUGGAGCCGUCAAUCAGGUGGUGGCCGCGCCCAUCCUGUGCCUCUUCUGGCUACUGUUCUUCUCCACCGUGCGGACAGGGUUUUCGACCCCGACAUCCAUGUUUACCUUCGUGGUGCUCAUCAUCACCAUCGUGGUCUGCCUGUCGCACGUCUGUUUCGGUCACUUUAAAUACCUCAGCGCGCACAACUACAAGAUCGACACCAAGGACACAGAGGUUGACGGAGUGGAGAACGGACGUCCUGCAAGAUCUUCACCCUCCAACAAAUCUCAGCAGAUGUACAUCGCCCAGGUCCUGCAAGACCCAAACUCUGAUGAGAUCGGAACAGGCAGCGGAGAGGACGACGGUCAGGGGUCCUCGCAGGACGAGGAGAUGAUCAACGGCGGCAACAGCCUGAACGAGGCCGACUUCCAGUCCGGAGAGGACAGUCUCAUCGCCAACGAAGUCCACCAUUAACAAAGCCGGAAGGAUGAGAGCAUGAAAAAGAUCCAAUCGCAAGGCCUUCAUCCGCACACGUCUGUUUUGUCCCCUCUCCGAAUUUGCCGGAUGUUUGUUGGCUCAAAACAUCAGCACCUUAGAAACCCACGUCUGCCAAAACACUUGAACACAGACUGUACAUAAGCACACGCGCCCGCACACAUCGAGGCCAACACGCUUCAAAAGACCAUCAUGUGCAUGAACGCUCAACGGCGGCGACUGCUUGUUUGGAACCGAAUCAAAUUCCGAUUGGAACCAAGACUUCCCCUUUUGUAAAGGUCCAUGCAUAUUUCCUAGUUUGGUUCGAAUACCCUCAGGAAAAGGAAAAUCGGAUGAAAAGAAAGCUCUACUCUUUCUUAUCUCGGAAGCAUCCCAUGGUUCGCCUUAACAGCGAUGGCAUUCCCAGUCGACGCCGCUUAAUUUGCUUGCUUUUUCUUGUCCUUUGCCUAAACGAUUGGAUUUCAUCUGGCAUUCCAAAGGAAAUGUGCAAUAGUGAGAGCGUAGAGGAGGAAUCGCGCCUGAAAACGUGUUGGCUUUGACGAACUGCGGUCACUGUACAGUAUUCUGCCAGAACACUAAGAGACUCCGUACUGACUGAACUUCUCCCCGAUGUACAGUAUUUCCAGAGACGCGCUGUGUGUUUGUGUUGUCAUUGAAUGAUCCAUAUUCUUACGUUUUUGUUUUGGUAUUUUUAUUGCUAAUUUUGCCUUGACAACCUUUAAUGGAUGUGUUUGUAUGCCUGCAACGGAGUACCGAAGUCCUCGUCCUCGUAGCGCAGUAGAAACCAAUCGCCGCUCAUGACGGACUAGAUGCAAAUCAGCGAUGGAGAAUCAGUCAUUCAGUCACUGGUCGUUUGCGUCCCGCAGUAGACGGGUUGAUCGGGAAACUAUGGAAGCUUGUUUCCGCCACUGAAUUAAAAAAUAUAAAAGGUAAUUGUGACUUUUUAUCUCACAAUUCUGACUCUUUUUUUUCUUCUCAGAAUUGUGAGAUAUAAAGUUGCAAUUGCGAGAUAUAAAGUCAGAAUUGCGAGAUUAAUAUAUGAAUUGUGAUAUGAACUCGCAAGUGUGAGAAAUUGAAUAAUGUGUGAAAUAAAGUAGUCAGAAUUGCGUGAUUGAUAUAUGAAUUGUGAUAUGAACUCGCAAUUGUGAAAAAUAGUGAAAAUUGCAUGAAAUAUAGUUGCAAUUGCGAGAUAUGAAGUCAGAAUUGCGAGAUUGAUAUAUGAAUUGUGAUAUGAACUCGCAAUUGUGAGAAAUAGAGAACUGCGUGAAAUAUAGUCGCAAUUGCAAUUGACUUUUUCUCAAAAUUAUAUGAACACGAAAUUGCGAG